AUGGCUAAAGAGUGGGCUGUUGAAAAAUUAAAUUUAUCCGAAUGCGAAGAGCUGGCCACCUCCAUGGAUACCUUAUCUUUCUGUACAUUUUCUUCACUGCCAUUGGAAAUAUUAUAUCACAUAUUCGAUAUUUGUGAUUUAAAGGAUUUACUAAAAUUAUCAAAAGUUUGUAAACAAUUUCGUCAGAUUAUCUCACAGAUACUACAACAACGUUAUCGUUAUUUCAUCUACAAUUAUUUAACAUUUAAAUUCACACAAAAUCUCAACGAUGAAGAAAUAUCAGAGUUAUGUUAUUUAAGUGGCUCGAAUGUGGAACGUUUGCGUUUUUCAACAUAUUUCAAUAUGGAUUUGUUGAAACACAUUGAAUGGAAAAUGGGUUGUAAUCCUAUGGAGAAUUUAAAAUUCUUCAUUAAUGACAAUUUCAAGCAAAAUGUGAGGUAUUUCCCCGCUUUGAAGGAGUUGGAAGUUCAGGGGAAAUUUUUACAAGAUCAAACUAUUUUGGAACUGGCUAAGAGAUGUAAGAGCUUACAUAGCAUACGCCUCUUGGAUGGAGAUAAUCGCUGGCUAUGGGGUGAAUAUUUGGCGGAUUUGGAAAAUAUUGAAAAUUUGGAAUUGAAAUGUUGCCGUAACUUGGAUCCCAAUCAUUUGUUGUCAUUGGCACAGAAAAGGCAACUUAAAUCUCUGAAUAUCGUCGAAUGUGAACAUUUGAAAGAUAUACCAAAAAUGCAAAAUCUCUGCAAACAUUUAACUAAUCUCCAUACAUUACGACUCACCGCCUUUACUCAGGAUCCAAGAUUUCUAAAAGCAAUUUUAAAUCUGUCAUCCUUAAAGUGUUUACAAUUCUUCUGGAUCAACUUUAUGCCAUUGAAUUUUGAGGAAAAUUUAUUUGCAGAACUUUCACAAAAUCCCGAAAAGGCCCAGAGUCUCUCUAGGGUAAAAUUCGAAAAUGAUCGUUAUUAUAUUGAAGAUGAAACACUGCAAAAAUGGACCGAGGAGACAUAUGCCAUAAUGCGUGAAAAUGUUUGCAUUAAUGGUCAGGCAUGGCAAUGGUCGGAGGAGGUGUUUGAAAAAAUCUCUCACACCUUGGAAAGUUUUAAAAAUUUAUCAUCGUUGAAUUUCCACUAUUGUUCACGUUUAUGGUUGCCCACGUAA